AUGACCAACGAAGACCUUGCUUCUAAAUACCGGCGCUACAUUGACCUCUGCAAUAAGCGCGGAAUGGACGACCUUAGCGAAUUCGUCCACGAUGAACUUACCUUCAACGACAAGCCCAUCUCGCGCAUCGAGAUGCAGAAGACGUUCGGCGCCGCUAUAUCGUCAGCCCCGGACUUCAAUCUCAGCAUCGAGAUGCUACUUGUCGACGGCGACAUGGUCGCCUCCAGGAUGGUUCUUACGAGCACCCCGGAACGUGAGUUCCAUGGGCUGCAACCUACCGGAAGAACGAUGAAGAUUCGGGAGUACGCCUUCUACCGGUUUGAGAAAGGCAAGAUCCGACAGCUUUGGAUGAUGCUUGACACGCCUAGUGCGGCGGUGUAG